CUCAGAGUGAGGACGUUCCCCAAAGAUUCUGCCUUGUUGGGCAGGGACACUGUUCGAGCCCUCAUGUACUACGCCUUGAAGGUCUGGAGCGACAUCGCACCACUUAACUUCCAUGAGGUAGCUGGAAGUAAUGCAGACAUUCAAAUCGACUUCACUAAGGCCGACCACAAUGACGGAUACCCCUUUGACGGGCCGGGGGGCACAGUGGCACAUGCAUUUUUCCCCGGAGAGAGAUUCACAGCUGGAGAUACGCACUUUGAUGAUGACGAGGCCUGGACCUUCAGAUCUCCAGACUCUCACGGGAUGGAUCUGUUUGCAGUCGCAGUCCAUGAGUUCGGUCAUGCCAUCGGCCUGGUACACACCUCAGCAAUGGAGUCCAUCAUGAGACCAUACUACCAGGGUCCUGUGGGAGACCCUCUGAAAUAUGAUCUACCCUAUGAAGACAAAGUCAGAGUCUGGCAGCUCUAUGGUGUCAGAGACUCAGUGUCCCACACAAAUCAACCAGGCAACCCCUCUCAGACAGCUGAGCCUCCUGUCCUGCUAGACCUUCCUGAAAACAGGUCCACUGUCCCGCUGGCACGAGAUACCCCAGACAGAUGCACCAGUCACUUUGAUGCAGUGGCCCAGAUACGAGGGGAGGCCUUCUUUUUCAAAGGGAAGUACUUCUGGAGGCUAACAAGAGAGAAGCAUCUGGUGUCUCUGCGUCCUGCUCAGAUCCAUCGCUUCUGGCGGGGCCUCCCAACCAAUCUGGACAGUGUGGACGCAGUGUAUGAGAGGCCUGGGGACCACAAAAUAGUGUUUUUUAAAGGUUUAAAAUACUGGGUAUUUAAAGACAAUAUUGUGGAGGAGGGUUACCCUCGUCCCAUCAGUGACUUUGGCCUACCUUUGGAGGGUGUGGAUGCAGCCUUUGUUUGGCUGCACAACGACAAAACCUACUUCUUUAAGGACAACCGCUACUGGCGCUACGAUGACCACUUGAGACGAAUGGAUCUGGGCUACCCUAAAGACAGCAACCUUUGGAAAGGGCUGCCAUCACAACUCGAUGAUGCCAUGAGAUGGUCUGAUGGCUCGUCCUAUUUCUUUAAGGGGAAGGAAUACUGGCGAGUCCCAGGCAGUGACAUGGAGGUGGAUGCAGGAUACCCCCGCCUCAUCGCAAAGGACUGGCUGUUGUGCACAGAGAUGCAGUCGGACUCUCCGGACAUGCAGCCCAAAAGCACAGAGACGAGAGUCAACGUGCACCGCCACCCAGACCACGCAGAGAAUGGUUAUGAGGUGUGCUCCUGCACCUCUGACACCGCCUCACCUUUAGGCGCCCGCCCAUCCCCAUCUCCCAUUUGGCUGCUGCCGCCUCUCUGGACGCUCUCACUGGCUUUCCGCUUUGAACUGUUAUGAUGCUAAAGCAUGGGACACAGAACUAUACUGCUGGAGGGCCAGUGGAUGAACCAACAACAGGAAAAUGUUCUUCUUCUUAUAUAACUUAGCAUCUUUUUGCUCUAAAUUUGCUGUUAUUUAUUUACCAUUACUUUUGAGGGGCACUGCCAAUAAGUAGUCAUUCUUAAGGGCAUCAUCCUGCUUUCAAUGCUUUACAAAGAUCUUAAGCCGUUUUCACACAUCCACAAGAGGAGGAGUCAGGAGACUCAUCUGGGACAGAAUUUUUCUUCAUGUAGCACACAGAUACUGGAGGUACUCUGGCGAUGGCAAGGCAGCAGGACACAUAAAGCCCGCUGACUGUGAAUCCACCAGGCUCUAAAAUUCUCACAUGCACCUAAUCAGGUAUCACACAGACUUUGUUCUAGUGAGCUGGCUGUGUAGACAUUGUUUAUUGUCUGAUCUGUGUGAAGCAUUUGUGCUCUCACGUGUAGCUCUUUGAAGUGAUGUGUAGACAAAGUUCAGGGCUGCAGUGCAUGUGUGAAAAUGGCUUCAGUGAAUGGUAAGACUGCCACAUCUCUGCAAAGGAAAAUGUAACUGAACAGAAAUGUUUUCCAAGUUUACAGCAGCGAAGCCUCGCAUACCAAACAUGUUCAUUUUGAGUUGUGAGCAGGUGCAAAGGAACACGCACUGAUGCAUUAUUGGCUCAAAAUUAAUUUAAAAUGACCCAAACCAUUUUUUUCUUUCAUACUUAAACUCAAAUGAUCUCUAGCCAUGUAGAUGGAUAGAUUUUCACCAUCCACAAUGCCACGUCUUUGCAAAAAAAUAAUGUCAUUGUUACUCCAACCAACCCACAGAACUCUCAGGAGUGAUUUCCUUGUGUUAAAAAAGUAGUUCCAGUUUGCAACACGGGCUGUAAAUUAUUCAGAAUAACAGGAACACUCUCUGAAAAGAGACACUACUGUUGAAUUUGCAGUUAAUUCAAAGUCAUUUGGUGUUCACCACUACUUUCCAUUCAUCUCUAUUGUACUAAAACUAAAGAGAGAUAAAGCCAAAACUACCUGCAAGGCAGGAUAGCACCCGAGGUAAACAUGAUAUUUUUUUUAUUCGUGGAACCGACCUUUUAAUAAACCACACUGCGCACGCACACAUGCUCACACAUCCCGCCUUUGCUGUUGUGCGCUUGCAAUGAGCAUAAAUGUUUGAAUGCUCCUGCUCCUGCUGUGAGAGCGAGACGAGACGCAUGGAUGAGUAGGUGGACGGACCAGUUUCCAUGCCCGAAUCAGCCAGCUAAGUUGGCAACAGCUGCUCAUUUUCACCUCUGGGUUAUAAGCAUUCCUUACACUCAGUUUAGUUGUAUCUAGUAACAAAUUCAGUUUAUAAUCCAGUAUCUUUAACAUUGCUUUGAUCAGCUCAUAGAGUUCAAAGAGUCUUUUUUUUUUGUGACUGACAGUUCCCUGUAUCGCCCCUGAAUUUAUUCUUGCUGUAAAGAUAUAUUUACCUAUAGACUGAUAUAUUUGAGUUGAAAGGUUCUGCAGCUGUUGCAUCACCAAG